AAUGGUCCAAAAAAGUAUAGGUGCAAGAUGUGUGAGAAUUUAGCUGAUCCUAUGCUGUCCUAUUCUUUUUUUCUACACAGAAAAAGCUGUUUCGGUGGAGCUGAGCUGUGGUGCUGGGCCCAGCCAUGUGGUGUUAGAGCCAGGCCUGCCCCUUUUGCUGGACUGCAACCUGGGGGUCAGUGACGCACCUUUCAAUGUAAGCUGGUUCAAGGAUGGAGAGCCUCUCCCCCCGAAGGGGGAGGAAUACCUACAGCAUCUCGUCAACGGAUCCAUUAUUUUGCUGCCAACCUCUACAAACAGCCUACCCCCCCAUGAUGUGGAGGGGAGUUACAGCUGUGUGAGUGCCAGCGCCCUCGGGGCACUGACCAGCCGGAGUGUGAAAGUGAUACUUGCAAGUCUAUCCAGAUUCCUUCAGGAGCCCUCACCACAAACAGCGCCCACUGGGGGAGCUGCACGCUUUGAAUGUCAGAUUGAAGGAGUACCUACACCUGUUAUAACCUGGGAAAAGGACAAAGUGACGGUCCCUGAUGAAACAAGGUUCAUUUCCCUUCCUAACGGGGUGCUGCAGAUUCUGGAGGUGACCAAAAAGGAUGAAGGAGCCUACCGCUGUGUUGCAUCCAAUUCUGUAAGGAGGGAUAUGAGUGAUGAAGCCAUGCUCACCGUCACUAUAGGCUCACAUCAUGCCAAGAACCAAGUUUUGAUUGUUGCGCCACCUCAGAAUGCCACGGUCGUGCUCGGCCAUCCUGCUGUCAUGGAAUGUAUGGCCCAGGGUAACCCUAAGCCUCUGGUUUCAUGGAGCAGAAAAGAUGGAAAGCCCAUUUCCACUGAUGUGGUUGUUUUCGCAACAAACCUUGUGAUCAGGGACACAAGGCGUCACCAUGCUGGCGUCUACAUCUGCCGAGCCAACAAGCCUAAGACCAGAGAGUUUGUUGAUGCUUCUGCUGAGCUUCAUGUGCGUGCCCCUCCAGUGAUUAUUCAGCCACCAGAGACAGUGUCCCUAUCCCGGGGAAACACUGCCAGGUUUGUGUGUAACAGCUCAGGGGAACCCCCGCCAGUACUGCUCUGGCUGAAGAAUGGCAAGCCCAUCAAGUCAUUCAGAAGAAUGAAGACGCAAAGCCCAGGAGUCCUGAUCAUCAACCAGCUGGCUCUGCCGGACGGGGGCUACUACCAGUGCAUCGCUAACAACGGUCUCGGUACGGCCUGUGCCACUGCCAAGCUGACCGUCAUCGUGAGGGAAGGUCUGCCCAGCCCUCCCCACCAUCUCUUUACCACCCCUUACUCCAGCACAACCGCCCUGCUCACCUGGGAGAAACCCGAGAACAACUCGGACCAAAUCAUCGGCUACUCCGUGCACUACCAGCGCACUGCAGGUACUGACAAUGUGGAGUAUCAGUUUGCGGUGAACAGUGACACCACAGAGUAUCUGGUCAAAGAGCUUCUCCCUCACACUGCUUACACUUUCUUUGUGGUGGCCUACUCUCCCAUGGGUGCCAGUCCCCCAUCCCUUCCUAUCACUGUCAAGAUGCUGGAGGAUGUGCCGAGCGCUCCCCCACAACUGUCCAUAGCCAGCACGUCCCCCUCUGACAUUCGUCUGAUGUGGCAUCCGCUGUCCUCGCAGCACAGUCAUGGAGCUGUUACCCGCUACCGCAUUGAGUACAGCAGGCUGGAUCAGGCAGACAAUGUAUUCUCGGUGGAGGUGAAGGGAAAUGCAACUCAGUUCACCUUGAGAGAGCUGCAGCCCAAUCGAGUGUACCGACUCAGGAUAGCAGCAGGAACCAGCGUGGGCUUCGGCGUUUUCUCUGAGUGGGUCCAGCACCAGACACUAGCCCACUACAACCACAGUGACCACAGCAUGGUGAUCUUUGCACCCACUGAGUUGAAGGUCAGAGCCAGAGUGAACACUCUAAACGUGACAUGGCACCCCUCGCCCAAUCAUACGCUGGUCUCUGGUUACAAACUCUCAUAUCGAGAGGUGGACGCGGACGAAUCAGCCAGCCGAGGAAGAGCAAAACACACGCAUACCAUAAGGCUGCGUAAAAAGCCUAGGUAUCAUCUACUCACCGGACUUGUCCCUGACCAACCGUAUGAGGUGAGGGUGUGGGCAUUUAACAAACAGAUAGAUGGAGCUGCGAUGGUGUGGAAGGGAAGGACGGAGAAGAUCCAUGAUAGAGCAUUGCUGCCACCCAUGCACCCACCUCCAAUGCCCCCGAGCAGCAUUCAAGCCAAGGCCAACAGUUCCUCCUCCAUCUGGCUGCGCUGGGAGAAACCGAGGUUCAGCAACGUGCGCAUUAUCAACUACACGGUGCGCUGCAGCCCCGCAGGGACCACCAACGCAUCCCUGGUAUCCUACCACACCAGUCCUGCUCAGGAGAUCUUGCUCGGGGGACUGAAGCCUUUCACCCGUUACGAGCUGGCCGUGCAGUCUAAUGGAGUGGACGUGGUCGGACCCUUCAGUGGCACCGUGGAGCAGUCCACUCUCUCUGACCGGCCUUCCACACCUCCUGAAAAACUGCAGCUGAACGCGCUGGCUUCCUCCUUAGUGCUGGUGAGUUGGCACCCCCCUCUGGAGCCAAAUGGAAUCAUUACCAGCUACACUAUUUUGUACAGUGGCAACCUCAGUGAGCCCGAACAAGCGUGGAAAAACCUCUCUCAGGAUGGGAGUGUUACCAGUGUGGAGAUCCACGGCUUAUGUGGUGGCACUCGAUACUUUUUUAAGUUGAGAGCUUCUAAUGAAGUGGGGCCAGGCCCCUAUUCAGCUGUAAGGGAUAUCCAAACACCACUUCCAAAGUAUGAGUUGGAUGUCCAUGCAGUGACAGGCAUCAUAGUCGGUGUGUGUUUGGGACUGAUAUGUAUCCUCCUCUGCAUGUGUUUCAGCUUUCGCAACAGCAAGUCCAGGGAGAUAUCUGGAAGUCUGAAUUCGGCAGCUGCGACGCCUCAAUACAGGAGAGAUGGCUGCUCUGUUCCAGUCAGCGUGCCAGAUUGCAAUGAUAGCUAUGAGCUGGAAACAUUGAUGCCCUCAGGCAUCCAAGAGUCUGGUCAGCUGCCAGCCGAACCCCCAGAGGAACAGAGCCUGAUGCCAAGUGCUAAUCCAGGAGAUGGAGAAGAUGCCUCUGCACCUGAACCCAAGGCUGCUUGGAAUGGCUCUGUGAGUCAUAACUGGGUCAACAGAAUCACAAGAUACAGAGACACUAUAACAGAAGACUCUCCAACAUUGAAUAAUGGAGGACUCAACAUGCUUAUUACUGCUGCUGGCGUGGAAAUAGAUGACCGCCUGUGCACAUCCUUUUGCAGUAACCAGGUUGAGGCAGAAGUCAUUGUUCACUCUGAGCUGUCAGACACCGGCGGAGAAAACGAAGAUGAGGGCAGUGAGAGUGGUUCUAACACCACCAGGGGACCCUCAUUAUCAGAGGACACCUAUUCCGCUGUGGGUCAUCCUAAUUCCCCUGGAGAGAAGGAACCCCCAGAAAAAGAUACACGGACUGAAAGUCCCUCGAGUCUUCCCCUGAGGACACUGUUGGCUAAUCACAAUGGGGAGACAGAGGUCACAGGUCAUCAGCCGACCGGAGGCUCAGAACCACAGCAGGGCACGGGGUUAAUCAAUGGCUUCCAUUCUCCCACAAGUGUGAGGUCUGUUUUGACUUCAGAGCAUCUGGAAAAUGGGGAUUCUAGACAUUGCUCAUCAGCACCAGGGAAAGCCAUUUCUGCUGGACUGUCCCCCGCCCCGUUUGUCAGUUCUGGCUUUGUCCACUCUACCUCAGCAGCACACUCAUAUCUGUGCCCAUAGCCUCUCCAUGUAGGGUUUCAGCCACACAUGAACACUUCAGACUUCACCUCUGAAAGAAUCCCUUUGUGUAAUUUUUUUAUACUUGUCAUCAUUGGAUCGCUUUCUUAUCCUUGCAAGUUUUAUCGGGACUUUGGACCGUUCAUUUCAUGUGUGCAAAUACACUAAACAUAUACAGCCUAUUGUUAGAGGAACAUAACAAUUUACUUGUUCUUGAUCAUAGUAGUUGUACUUUUUCAUUCAGUGUCUUUCUUUUUUGUUGGGAUGAAAAGGAAUAUUUAACAUAACCAAGCAGAUGGAAGUGGAUUGGAGAAGGCUAUCCCCACUGUGUUGCACAUGCUCCACUCAGGAAGUGAGCAGGCUCUUGGACAAGUUGUGGUUGAUAGUGAUUGGAUAGGAAUGGGAAGUUCUCCUAAUGCUUCUAUAGUGUGGCACUGAGGAAUACGCCUUAAAGAGUAUGUGCACAUUGUGAGAUUGCUGAACACCUGUGUCUCUCUCCAGCCUCCUGAUGUCUCAGGGUCCAUACACACACAAACACACACACACACUGAGAUAUCAUACCUAAUUCCGGUCAUGCAUAAACGCAUUAACACACAUUUUCUAACUGGAGUGUGGGGUCUCAGGUGCCUAAUUAUUCUAGGUGCAUUUGUAACCUCUCUAUAGUUCAAAACUUGUAGACACAACAAAAAAAGUUUAGAAAGGAAUAAUAUUUGCUACAUGUAAUUUAUUUUCUUUUCUAAAAUGCCAUUUGUCCAGUUGACCUGAUUUUUAAUCAAUAUUUUUUUUCUUAUACCCUGCUGUAUCUCCUUUUAAAUUAAAGUAGUUGGUUCAGUUACGUUGGUGGGAGAACAAGUAUUUUGACAUAAUUUACAUACAAUUCUCUGAGAACACUCUCCUCCUUUGACUCCCAAGUAAGAAUGUAUCACAGUGUCAUCAGCUGAAGCCAGAUCUUGAUCAUGAUGAUUUUUGGUAUGAAAUGUUUAUUCCGAUUUUUCAUUUAUGGUUGACUCUUCAAGCCUGUGUGUUCCCAUCUCAUUGACAGGAGAAAAAAAAAACGUUCAGUGUUCAUUUUGCGAACAUAAAUCAGAAUUCCCCAAAUGCACACAAUCUAACUUGGAAUUUUUAACAUUUACUUACAAAAGUGGAGAAGAAUUCAUAUUUGCAGGCUCCUGGAUUUUCAAAUAAGUAAGAUUCCUUUUUAUAACCCAUAAAUUGUCUGAACUCAGUAUUGGUUUAAGCAGUGUACAGAAGGGACUGGAGCAUCCCUACUCGUUGUUGACAUCACUACCUCAUUUUUUUUCAGGAUGGUUAUCAACGUUGUUUUUUUUUUCCUUUAAUGUAACUAGCACCUUUUUAUGAACAUUUCUGACUUAAGAGCCUAUUUUUGAAAAAAAAAUUGUCCGACAGUGACUGUAUAUUCUUGCAUUCUGGUAAUUAUGUCAUUUGACUGUCCAUCUCAUAUUUCAUAUAAUCUCAUCUAACUUCUAAGUUAAUGUUCCCCUUCAGCGUUCUAUACCCUGCUAAACAGAUUCAGAUUUGAUGGUUUCGAUGCAAAACGCCUGACGCCUCAAAGUGUGACGCUGAACUAAAGCAGGGCCACAUGUAAACAAGGAAUCCCAUUUAACUUCAGGGACUGGCACUGAUCCGAGUCAACUGGAAUUGAAGCUGUUAUGUAUAGGUCUUUAGUACGUUUAGGCUGGUUCCAUUAGGUGAUUUACAUCAGAAAGACUGAUACCACUACGACACUUGUAAGUUUGCUGAGGUUGGAAGUAGCUGUAGAUUUUGAAAAACAACAGAAAACCGCCACAUUGACAUGCAGCCUUGUUGGUUAUCUACUGUCAUUUGCAGGAAUGGUAAAGUGGACAAAUCUUUUCUAACCUGUGUUUCUACCCACACCCAUGCAAAUUCACACAUCAACUUAGUUCAACUAACAUACAUUAGCAGCUGACAUGCAUUCUUGUUAGCUUUUUUUUUCCUCCAAAAAGUGCAUGUUGGUACCUCAAAGUGACUUAUUUUUUUAGCCUUGCCAUGUUUGUACUUCAUAUCCAAACAAGACCGACAUGUUUUUCCAUGUCUUAGUCAUUUACAGACAGAAGUGAAUGUGAUUUUUUUAACCAAACCUUGGUCUAAAGUUAAUUGUAAGUUCUUUUCGGGACGUGGGCAUUGAGGAGUUGGCACAUCAGCAAAAAUCAGAUUUUGCCAUCUGUAACUGCAGUGUUUAAUAUUUGCUUAGAAAUUAUUUAAAAAAUGGUUUAUACAGUAAUGAUGCGAAGCAUGCACUGCACUAUCCUAUCUGAUGAAAGACAUUUCAAGGGUCCAUAAAAAUAAAAUCAAAAGUGAGCUGGGAAUAAAAGUGCUCCUGCUCCCCUCUACUUAUCCCUCUAAUACACCACACAUUUUUGUGCCGCAAUCAGUGAAGUCAGAGCACGAUCACAUUUUGGAAGGGGGGGGGGGGGGGUAGUAUGUGUCCCUAGUCCAGAAAAAACAUUCCAACAUACCAUGUCUUUCUCAGCAAUGACUAGAUUUAGAGGAAUCUUCCUCUGCUCUUCAGACUAAUCAGAGCUUAUCCGGAGCUAGAGUAUAAUAGUUGAAUAGUCAAAAAAAUUGCUUCUGUUAUUCAGUACUUUUCCUCGAAGCUGUUGGAAAACAUUAUGAGGUCAAGGGAAGAUGGUAAGAAAAAUUUUUGCAAAGCCUGAUUGCUAACCUUACUUGUGCUCGGUGUUGGUGUUUAUCUGAAGUCAGGAAACUACAGCAGCUCCAGUCAUAUCCACAAAAUCCACUUGCUUUACUGUGUAGAUAUCACAUUUCACGGAAGAAAAGCUAUACACAAGUUAAAAUAUAAAAUAUUGCUCCCAUGUCAAGGAUGACUAUUUAAAAACAUGUAGAGAAGAAGUCACCAAUGUUAUUACUGCUUCAUGACAGAAAUGGAAUUUGCUUUGACUACAAGGAAUAAUGGGCAAGAUUCCUUCUUUCCCCUCAUAAAGGAAGACUCAUGUGUGCCUGUGCAGGAGACACUAAAGAAAGUAAUAAAACUAUUUCUCAUUGGUUGAGAAGAUUUUAGUCAGCAUGCGUCAUGACAGGUUCUUUAUGUUCAGGUCAUGAACUUUCCUUAGCAAAAAGCAUCUGUAUUUUUUUGUUCUUUCAGCAUAAGCAGAUACUGAUUCUAAAGCUGGAUUCAACAACAAUGUUCAGACAGAGAUGAGGUGGACAGAGAUCAGUGAAUCAAUACCUUAACCUUAGGUAGUGUUUUAGCAAGCUGUUUGUUACGAUGGCAAAAAUAAAUCUCUUUAAAUUAGUUUAAGGAGUAUUCUCUCGCUUAAUAUGGCCUUUUACAAACUGCUGUGUGUUGCAGCUGUGCCCUUUGCUUCUGUCAUUAUUGCGUUGCAAUAUUAUUUGUUAAUUCCCUUUUGCCCAGUAAUGGAGAAAGUAAAUUAUCUGCAGCACCAGUUUGCUCUUACAGAUAUUUAUCACGUGAAGAAAAUUCAAAUGAAUGCUUCCUGGUUUGCACAUUGGAGUUUUCUAAGCAAAGAUGCAAUGACAUACUUUAAUGAAGUUAAAAUUCAUGAUGUCAAGUUUGUUGAACAGUUUUGUGUUCUUUGUCUCCGAUAUCUCAUUUCAGGAGGAUUUUGUUCCUGAGUGUUACACUCAGUGGGGUAGUGUAGAGCAGCCAGCAAAACUUUCUUGGGGAUUAGCAGAAAAAUUACCUCCAGCAAAAGGAUGUAUGCUCUCCUUAUAGGAGCUCUAUUAACACUUUUAACCACUAUUUUACUAUGUGUAACUUUUUAGUACACCUUAUUUUUCUUGGCUAGAACAAUCUUUUUGUUUGAAAGAAAAUAUCUCAUUCUGUAGAGAUGAUCAUUAGUUUGGUAAUUGUAUAUAUUUCCAUUCCUCUUUUUCUAAGGGUUUUAUUAAAACGGUAUACCUCAUGUUGGUAAAUUGUUGAUUUGAUUCUGACCAGUUUCUCGAUACUGCACAUUUUGUAAUAAGUAGAACACUUAGGCAUAAGCAUCCUGUUGUUUGGUGAGCAAGGUUUUUCCACAAAGAAUGAGACAGAUGUUUCCUUUGAACUUGUUUAUGAAUUCAUGCUUGUUCUGGUCACAGGGAUGAUUUCAAGGGGCAACGAACGGGGUGAUCAAAUGAGAAGGAAAAGGGGAUCUGAACUGACUGUUACACGGUGGGGGUAAAGAGAUUUCAAGCAAAAAGAAACUCUCUCUCUCUGUUAUGUAACUGGAACCAGUUAUUGAUGCUACUUUUUAGAUUUGAUUGUUUAAAGGGACGUCCUCCUCAUGCAGGUCAUACCUCUCAGUGCAGGCUGCCAUUUCUAGAAAUAAUGGUCUCUUCCCUUCUCAGGUGCCACAUCUUUACCCAAAAGUGUAAAGGUACAUACCAGCAUGUCCACCUAAGAUGCUCGUCACAUUUAUUCUCAUUUUGUCCUUUUUGGGAAGUAAAUUAAGGAAACUUAUGCACAUAUGAUGUCCUGUCUUUUUGCUUUUUGUUUGUUUUUUUGGUUACUUUUUACAAACCACUGUACAUCUGUCUUUGGCUCUUUGUACAUUCUGGUGCUUUGUGGUGAGCUGCUGUUUUUUAGUGAUGUCACAUUAUUGUGCAGUCUUGGGGUAUGGAUAUUGCUCCUACUUCAGUAUGUACUUGCUAAAUUCUGCUUCUCAGAGUGUGUAAGCACACACUCAGACUUCGCUGCCAUAUGCCACUCUCAAUCCCUGCAGAUAGUCGGACUGCUUGCAUAAUCAUUGUGUGCGGUGCAAGAAGUAAUUCAUCACACAUGCUGCAGUAAGAGAAAAAUGUAGUAGCACUUAUAGUAGACUGAUGUCUGUUCUUGGGCAAUGAACAACUUUUGACUGUCAUCUUAUCUUUUCUAGAAGUGCAAUUGUCUUAACCUGUAAAAUGACCGAUCGAUAACUUGUUGUUGGUCAUGAAGAACGUGGCCAUAUGAAAAAAUAAAAAGCAUUCCUUUAUUAGGAAUUGGCCACUUGGUAGUUAGUUCUUUUGGCCUGUAGGAAAACUUCCACUGUGUUACCAUAUGUGAAAAUGUACAAAAUAAUUCACAGCAACUGUGAAAAGAUCUCUUAUGUAAAUAAACAUCAAAUACAGUUAAAAGUACUGUGUUUCUUAAACUGUACGUUUUUUCCCCUCUGUUACCUGUUAAAAGUUUCUCAAUGGAUUCAUCAUUCCAUUCCUGUACGAUUUUAUCAUCUGUAAUCUGAUUUCCCC